GUUACAUCAUUAAUAGCUAAGAAAUUGCCAUCCACUGGUAUUGCAGAGUGCCUGCACAUUUCCUCUCUCCUGGUGAGGCACACGCAAGGACUGAGCGGUGAUUCUGCCCGAGACAGAGGAGUGCGGAGAGAAUCCUGAGGGAGUCCGACGUCUCAUCCCAGCAGAGUGAACAUAGACGUGUGGCGGACGAGAUGGAUGCGCUCACCACGAUCACUACUGCUGAGGUCCCACAUCAUCAGCAUCAAGCCAAAGAUCAGCUAUUGACGGCCCUUAAGGUCUGAUCAACAGGACUGCACUAUGGGUAAUGUAGUUGAGUGCUGUCAGCUGCUGCUGUCAGUCUUGAGGUGCGUGGAGACCCCAGCCCUGGGUGAGACGGAGGGAUCCCCCCUCCUCUGCAGCGAAGGAAGCGAGUGUGACUCUGCGGAGCAGACGGACUCCUGGGAGGACGACGUGGUGACCGUGUCCACCGGCAUCACAAGCCUCACUCUGGAUGCGGAACACUUCCUGUUCCCUGGUGACACCGGCGAGGUGACCCUAGUGGACCCCAUGGUCUGUCUGCUGGUGUCUGAAGAGGAGGAGGCUGGAGUCAGAGGCUCGAAGGUCGAAGAGUGCAGAUGUCCAGAUGUGACUGGGGUUCAAAUUUUCACCAUGUCCAGUCACCAGCUGGACACGAGUGUGGGAGGAAGAGGACACUCGUCUCCAUUUGCUGAGGGUCCGGAUGCAGCACAGAGGCACCUGGAUGUGGAAGCACCACCAACUCCUGACUUAGGGAAAGAGAUGAGCGACAACAUACCCCCAGAAAUGGAGGUCAAUAUGGGAGCUAUGGACUCUGAAAGUGAAAAGCAAAUCUCCCUCAGGGAAGUCAGAGGAGGGACCUGUCCGUGUGAUGUCAUCCAUCAGCUCCGCUCGACGCACUGGUUUCAAAGGCUGCUUCUGAUCCGGUUCUGAUGAGUUGGUGCGAAACUGGCCACGCUCUCCUCCUCCUCCUGAAGCUUCAUGUUAGAGAUAUAUCCUCGUACUUUCAUCAUUUUAAUUGUUUGGAUUGGCAAUUGAUGUUUGUCUAUCUUUACACAAGUGCCACAAUAAGCUACUGCAGUUGCAAUACUAGCCACCUAAAGUGCCAUUAGUUUACCCUGACUGCUAUCAUAUGCAUCCUUUUAUGUUGGAGUAUACUGGAAACGAUAGAGGGUCAUCUUUUACCUGUUGUUUCAAUAAAUAGGUACAUAUGCUAAUCCAUUUUAUAAUAUCAACUUGUGAAAUGGCACUUGCUUCAAUAAGGUAUUUAUUGUCUUCGGUAAAAAUCUUAUUCUGCUUUAGAUAUUUGAUGAUGAAUAUUGAUGUUUAUUUUUUGUAAUUUAUAUAUCUUUAUUUACUGCUAUUCAAAAAUCACAUUUUUAUUUUUAAUUUCUAUUCUCAAAAAUGGUUCUCUACUCAAUGCAGUUUUCCAUCGCUUUUGAAUUAAACUUCAUCAUUUAACACAGUCUUUCAAUUAAUCUUUUAACAAUACAUUUUCGUAUUGCUGUAAUUUGAUCACAUUUUGACUUGAAUUUUUUUGGUCACGUGUCUACAAUUACAUCUUUGCCCACAGGAUGUCACUAUUAUGUCAUAAUCGAUUCCUGUAGAUGACGAAGUGGACUUUCAU